AUGUCACCAAGUGACCAUCUCACCCAAUGCCCCGGCCUCACCGGCCUAAACGCAUACCUACGCCCGCUCUCCGUCUCCGACGUCCAAUCCUGCAUUACAGUCCAAAACCCAUUCCCCGAACAAGAGCGCUGCUCCGAAGAAAAAUUCACCUACCGCCUCACGGUAUGCCCAAACCUAAGCCUCGGCCUCUUCAUUACCACGCAAUCCGGCACCCAACAAAUCGGCCAUGUAAUCGGCGCAAGAAUAUCCUCCCCCCAAAUCACAGAGUCAUCAAUGGGGAUGCCAGAGAACUGGCAGUCCCUACCUAGACAUGAACCCGUCGUGGUCAACGGCGAAACGGUAGGCAAUGAUCCGCAUGGCGGCAACGUUGCUAUUCACUCUGUUGUUACGAUCCCGGAGUUCCAGGGGAGGGGUAUUGGGAAGGCGAUGGUUAAGGCGUAUAUUGAGUAUAUUAGGGAGAUGGGAGGGGGGAAUGGGGGGAGCAUUGUGUUGAUUGCGCAUGAUUAUUUGGUUCGGUUUUAUGAGCAGACGGGCUUUGAGAAUCGGGGGGUUAGUGAGUGUCGGUUUGCGGGGGGUGUUUGGUAUGAUUUGGUAUGCAAUAUUGAAGGUAGAUAA